AUGGCAGAUUUCUUCACAACCUUCGCAUAUUGCAACCGACUCAAAUAUCUUAUUAACCAAUUACUCAAUGUUAGGGCUCCUAUUGUAGCCUUGUGGCAACCUAAACUUCCACGGCAAGUUGGUGUUCUUGGACCGCGACCAUCACAACAAGCUUACAACACAUUAGUAGCAUCAUCUAAUAAUCCGGUGAGUGCUCUUCAUGAUCCAAAUUGGAAAAAUGUAAUGACUAAUGAAUAUAAUGCUCUAAUUCAAAACAAGACAUGGAAAGGAGAUGAAAUAAGAAAAAAAGAAGAGAGUGAAGGGGACGCGGCAGGAAGUAGCGUGAAAUGGAGAGAGGGGAGAGGAUCCAAUGAUUAUUGGGAGAUUGCGUGUCUGGUUAGGAAGACACAAAGUGAGACGCACGGGGGCAAUGAUGGGACCACGUGGCAGAACAUGACAUGCUCCUGCACGUGA